GGACAUUAUAAUGCAAGAAGCCCCCUUUUUAACCACAAACCGAAUUUUCUUUCAUUUAGGUGAUCUAUAUAUAUCUAUAUCGUAUAGCUUAUAGCUUAUAUCUAUUUUAAAUAACUUAAAGCCGCUAAAAUUUGGGGGGGAACAGCUUUCGCCCUGGAGCGGUGCGCGAUGCUGUCUCACGCCGACCUCCUGGACGCCAGGCUAGGUAUGAAAGAUGCCGCCGAGCUUCUGGGCCACCGGGAGGCGGUGAAGUGUAGGCUGGGCGUAGGUGGCUCUGACCCCGGGGGCCACCCGGGGGACCUAGCGCCCAGCUCCGACCCAGUCGAGGGAGCCACCCUGCUGCCCGGGGAGGACAUCACCACAGUGGGCUCUACGCCGGCCUCGCUGGCGGUGAGCGCAAAGGACCCGGACAAGCAGCCGGGGCCCCAGGGCGGCCCGAACCCCAGCCAAGCCGGUCAGCAGCAGGGCCAACAGAAGCAGAAGCGCCAUCGGACGCGCUUCACCCCCGCCCAGCUCAACGAGCUGGAGAGGAGCUUCGCCAAGACUCACUACCCCGACAUCUUCAUGCGCGAGGAGCUGGCCCUUCGUAUCGGGCUGACCGAGUCCCGAGUGCAGGUCUGGUUCCAGAACCGGCGCGCUAAGUGGAAGAAGCGCAAGAAGACCACCAACGUGUUCCGCGCGCCGGGCACGCUGCUGCCCACGCCAGGCCUGCCCCAGUUCCCGUCGGCUGCCGCUGCCGCCGCCGCCGCCAUGGGCGACAGCCUGUGCUCUUUCCAUGCCAACGACACCCGCUGGGCGGCGGCCGCCAUGCCGGGCGUGUCGCAGCUGCCGCUGCCGCCGGCGCUGGGCCGGCAGCAAGCCAUGGCGCAGUCGCUGUCCCAGUGCAGCCUGGCAGCCGGGCCGCCGCCCAACUCCAUGGGCCUGUCCAACAGCUUGGCGGGCUCCAACGGCGCGGGGCUGCAGUCCCACCUCUACCAGCCCGCCUUCCCCGGCAUGGUGCCCGCCUCCCUCCCCGGCCCCAGCAACGUCUCCGGCUCGCCCCAGCUCUGCAGCUCCCCGGACAGCAGCGACGUGUGGCGGGGCACGAGCAUCGCCUCCCUCCGCCGCAAGGCGCUAGAGCACACAGUCUCCAUGAGCUUCACUUAAUGCCGCCGCGCCCGGCCCGCUCCGCCCCCGGCACCGCCCCCCGGUCCGCCCCGAGGCCCCGGCGGCGCGCGCCCCGGCCCCCCGCUCCCUGCCCCGGCCCUCGUCCGGGCGCCCUGCCCCGCUCUCCCGCCGCGGCCCCAGCUCCGGGGCCCUGCUCCCUCCCCGCCCGGGCUCCACCACCUCUCGUCCGGCCCUUCCUUCCCUCCGUCCUCCACCGUCCCGGGCUCGACCCCAAGCCUCGGCCCAAGGGGCCUCCCUCCCGCCUGACUCCGCUCCCCGCACCCUCCCCGCCGCGCCCGGCAGCCUCACCUGGCCCCUCCCUCCGCCCUGUCGCGAGCGCCCGGCCCACGCUUGCCCGCGCCCCGCCGCCUCCCGGCUCGCGCCCUCCGCCUGGCCUUCCGACUGGCGGCAUUCCCACCCCCACCUUCUCCACGACGCCUGCGGCCCCCUGGCCCCGCGCCUCGCCCCGGGACCCUUCUCGCCCCGCGCCCCACGGCCCCCCUCCCGCGCCCUGCCGAAAGCAUCCUUCCCGCCAUUUUACUUAGCAGGGAGUAGACUCAGGAUCUGAAAUCAGACACCAAUGGACUGGUUUGUGGGCAGAAACACACACACUCGCACUCUCGCUCACUCUCAGACACUACACACGCGCGCGCGCACACUCAUACACAGUGCACCUAGGUCACACACGGACGUGUUCAAGGGACAGCACAAUGUUAGGAUUUUUGUCUAAAAGGAGGACAAGCAUCUACUACCAACCGCCUCAUCUGAGGGCCUAACUGAUUACAAUUUGAUUUAUCCCUGUAUUCUUGCACCGAAAUCCUUUCUUUCUUCUCCCACCAUCCGUUCCUUGCCUUGUCCAUCCGGUCACAUCCAUGCAGCCCUGUAUUGGCUUGCAAGAGAACGUUUUUGUUUUAUCUUACUUUUAUUCUCUUAAGUACAACUGUGUGAGGGUAUUGAGAGAAGGCUUCUCAGGAGGAACAUGUCUAGUGGAUUGGGUGGCUGGAGUAAACUAAAGCAGUCAUGUGAUGAAGAGGUGAGCUUACCCAUUUUGAUAAAUGUCUUUAUGAGAAAGAGUAAAAGAAACAUGUAAGAAAAUUUUCCUUUUGUAAAAGCAGAAGCCACAUCAUUUUUUCUGGAUCCUCCAGGGCUGGGCUUUGUUUGCUUCCUUUUCUCCGUUUCUCUCUCCUCGCGCUGCUCUGUGCCCUAGGUUGUUUUGUGGUCGUCCUGUCGUUCUUCGUGCCCCUCGGCCUCUGCCCUGGCCCCUGCCGGCUGCCGAAGGGUGCACUCAGGCAUCUACAACCCUGCAACUUUGUACAGAGAAACGCAAUCAGCUCUUUCUGCAUGUGCUGGUCAAAUCCAAACCCAGAGAACAGAAGCGCUUUCGAAGAAUGAACAAACAUGUGAAAUAGGAUGUUUUGUGUAGAUAAAGCAUUCUUGUUACAUACUGGUCAAUUUGUGAUAUGUUUUAACUUAUUGUCUGUGCUUAUUUAUGGAAUUUGGUUUUCUUAAUAAAUGUUUGAGCUAA